UCCUCGCACGGACAUGCACUUUACAGCGACGAUCACGGUGGUAUGUGCCCUCUGGGCUGUGGAGGUGGCAUCAAGGAGAAUCCCCUUGGAUGACAAGAACAUCCACCACUCCACCAAGAAGGAACUUAAAGAUCCAAACAGAUUUCCGAGGAAGAUUCAAAACGUAGAUAGUUCCGAUCUCGAUCCUGCUCUGGCGUAUGCUCUUCCUCCAGUGGGUCUCCUCCAUCGCGGACAAGGAUUCGGCUUCGGGGUCGGGCAAGGGUACGAAUCAGCCCCUCUGGCAGCUCUAGUCAGUUCUGGCCUCCAGGAGAAUCUCCAGCAACCCAAGACCCCCGUGUACCACGCCACUCCGCUGGAGCCGUACGGAGCACUCCUCAACCACCUGGCGGCCACUCCCAUUGAAGAACCCAAACAGGAAGAUCACGCUGUACAGACCGCUCAAGCAGUUCAAGCUCAGGCCCACAACUUUAUUCAAGCUCCAAAAUACUACAAACAGGAACAAUACGAAGAUGAGUACAAAGAUUACGCUGCCAAAUACCAGUUUGGGUACAGAGUACGAGAUUUACAUACAGGUAACGACUUCGGGCAGACAGAGUCUAGAGACGGACACUACACUCAUGGACACUACCAUGUGCUGCUACCUGAUGGUAGACUUCAGAAUGUCCAGUAUUGGUCGGACGACUCAGGCUUCCACGCCAAGGUGUCCUACGAUGGACAUGCCCACCAUUAACGACUGCUUGACUGAUUUUGUCAUAUCAAAGAUUAAUUUUAGGGAUUAUUUUAAGGACAAGAACUGAUCUUUAAAUCGUUCUAUCGAGCAUUUAAGAAUAUUAAGUUGUUAAAACUCAACUAUAAGGUUUAUAGUUAUCAAUCAUGUUUCAGAAUUAUCACAAAGAAUAUUCUACAAUUCUGAGUAGUAUGGAAACCCUUUUCAUGUGAUUUUAUGACGUCAUGUUUAAUAAAAACCUGAGUACUUAACAAACAUAUAGAGACCUUACAUACAUAUUUAUAGCAGUUAAAUAUAUGAUACAACUAAAUAUAACCAUUAAGAUAUUAUUUUACUUGUUAGAAAUAGUAUCUUGAAAUUUUUAUGGAAAUUUACUUGGGUUGAGUAAUUCAACUUCAUUUAGUAAAAAUUGCACUUUUAAUGUAAGGAACCAAAGCGAUGGAAAUCAAAUCCAAAGAGUUUUGAUCUUAGAUAUGUAAUCUUUUUUUAGAUGUAAUACUAUGAUUUGUAUUGCGAUCGUAGUAUUAAUGCUAUACAAUGUUUUAUUUAUCAUAAAUUAAAUUUUAUGUAAUAAAAAUAAUUAGUUGAAUCAAUAUUUUAAAAAGUAACAUUCAGAUAUUUUUUGAAAAAUAUAGUAGUAUUUUAAUAUUUGUAUUUUAUUUAUAAAGUUGUUUGUUUCUCUUCAUAUUUUGUUUAUAAUUUUUAAGCUGUCUUUUUACGUUGUUAAUUCAAUCUCAUUUGUACCUGAAUGAAAGUGACAUAUGAAGUAACGAGGAUCAAAAAGAUAAUCUUGCUAGAGUUAGAGAUGCAAGUUUGGCACAGAAGAGUACCUGAAGGCCAACUAUGGACAUGUGCAAUAUUUACACAGAAUCUUAACUUAGCGUUAAGUUUUGUAUAUUAGAUUAGGUGUUUUGUUUUUGUUAUUAAAUCUUUUUCAAUAUUU